AUGGAGCGAGGUCCUCGCUCUACGGACAAGAAUGUCCACCACACUGUCACCAGUGUUGGCUCGACAUCACCCAUACUUAUGGAGAACCUGGACUGGCGCGGAUAUGAUGGCUACGUUGCGACAACAAAUAUGAUGUAUGCUCGUCGUGGCUCGAAAAUGAACGAAGCCGCCGAGGUGCUCGGUGAUAUCAAGACAGCAGAAGAGUAUGGAUACGUGCAUCGUGGGCUCAAAUCGCGGCAUAUCCAGUUCAUCGCCCUCGGAGGAACCAUCGGUACGGGUCUUUUCUUGGGUAUCGGCAGAGCAUUCGUCAACGCUGGUCCGUUCAGUGUGUUGGCCGGCUAUGCGUUCACGGGCGCUGCCGUCUACGGCAUGAUGACCUGUCUCGGCGAGAUGGCUACAUGGCUACCGCUUCCCGGUGCGAUCCCACAGUUCUGCGCACGAUUUGUGGAUGAGUCUAUGGGUUUUGCUGUUGGCUGGAACAACUGGCAAGUAUCCUGUGCACUGAAGCUGGCUCUUGCUAACUAUCUGCGUAGGUACUCGUAUGCUAUCACGCUAUGUGCUGAGAUAUCUGCUGCCUCGACUUUGAUUCAGUACUGGGACGGCGCCAAGGACAUCAAUGUCGCCGCCUGGAUCUCCAUCCUGAUUGUUUUGGUACUUUUCCUCAAUGUCUUCGCUGUCGCCGUCUACGGUGAGGCGGAAUUCGUGUUUGCGUCGAUCAAGAUCGUCACCAUCAUCGGCCUUCUGAUCUUAUCACUGAUCAUCGACCUCGGUGGUGCGCCCAACAAUGACCGGUUAGGCUUUCGCUACUGGAACGAUCCUGGCGCCAUGAACGCAUACGUCGCCGAGGGUGACGCAGGUCGCUUCCUCGGACUCUUUUCGACGUUGCUCAAUGCUGCCUUCUCCUUCGGCGGAGUUGAAAUGAUUGCAGCUUGUGCCGGCGAGGCAGAAGACCCACGCCGUAACAUCCCAAAGGCCGUGCGUCGUGUGUUCUGGCGUAUCUUGUUCUUCUACAUCGGCGGCAGUCUCGCAAUUGGACUUACUGUGCCUUCAAACGACCCUGGGCUGCUCAAUGCUGCGGAGAACGGCUUCAACGACGCCGCCAAUUCCCCUUGGGUCAUUGCCAUCCAAAGAGCAGGCAUCAACGCUUUGCCUUCGAUCAUCAAUGCUGUCAUCCUCACUUCAGCCGCAUCUUCCGCAAACGCCUUCCUGUACACUGGCUCUCGGUUCCUGUACGCGCUUGCACAGAACAACCAAGCCCCUCGAUUCCUCCUACGGUGCACCAAGAACGGCGUGCCCAUCUGGUGUGUUCUGGUCACCGCCUCCCUCUCCCUCCUAACAUACAUGUCCUGCGAUCAUGGCUCCAGUCUGGUCUUCGCCUGGUUCCAGAACCUAACGACGAUCGCCGCCCUGUUCACCUGGGUGUCCAUCACAAUCGCCUACAUCAAGUUCUACCACGCCCUUCGAACUCAGGGCAUCCAUCGCAACACGAUGCCGUACAUCAGCAAAUACCAGCCGUAUUCAGCAUAUGCAACAACCAUAUUCUUCAUCAUCCUCAUCAUCUUCAACGGCUGGGACACCAUUGCUGGAGGCUUCAACUAUGAGGGCUUCAUCACAGAUUACAUAGGCAUUCCGAUCUAUUUUGGGCUGUACCUCUUCUGGCGCAUAUACAAGAGGACAAAAUUCAUCCCGUCUGCUCAGGUGGAUCUGUGGACGGGCAAGUCUGCGCUGGAUGCGAUUGUGUGGCCGGAGCGGAUUCCUAAGAAUCUGCUUGAGAGGUUCUGGUUCUGGUUGGCAUGA